AAGAUGCUUCCUCCAAGGGCCGCAAUUUUGGAGAUCUAGAGCCACCGACCUAAAUAAUCUCCAGUUCUCUCCAUUCUAGUUCUCUAUUCGAGCUCCAAGCGGCCGAGUUCCAAAAUCCAGUCCACAGUAAAUUAAAGUAGCGGCAGCAAAGGCAGACGAACCAGCCGAAGAAGACCGGCGCCGGCUACAUUUUUAUUACCAAUCUAGUGAAACCCGAAGUUGUAAAGAACAUACCAAUUCAACCAGAUCAGAUGUUUCCUCAGUCCCAGAUUCUCACCACUCAUCUUCCUUCAAUCCCACCCACAGACUGCUGCCUCCCAAAGUUCUCAACUUCUCUAUUUACUUUCACAAAGAAAACCAAUUUCAACUCCUCGAAGCGUUGUCUAUCCCGCACUUCAGCAUUUCGGCUCCCUAAAUGCGCUGUAUCUGUGGCUGCUGAUCCUACCCACUCAAAAUUGGAUGGUAGUAAUAAACCUUUCCCUGCAGAGGUUUCACGAACAAUAAUGGAGCUUUCUUCCGUGGGAACCUUUUCUACCUUUGGACACGAUGGUUGGCCCCUUGGUGUAGGAGUCCGUUUUGCUGUUGAUGCUGAGGGUACUCCAGUUUUGUGCUUGAACUCAUCUAGAAAACUGUUAUCUGCAGAUAAAAGAUCUAGCCUACAUGUGCAGUUAGAACAGUCUGGAUUGAGGACGCCGCAAUGCACCAUUCAAGGAAGCAUCGACAGACCUGAAGAUAAAUUUCUUUUGAAGAAGCUUCAGGCAGCAUGGAAAAAGAGGUUUGGUGAAGAAGUAGAUGAAGACCUCAUUCAUGUUGUUUCUAUUGACAGGGUGCUCCAAAUUGAAGAUUUUAAAGAGGAUGGGAUAUGGGUCAGUUCAUCAGAAUAUAAAGCAGCAAACCCUGAUCCUCUCCGUGAGUUUGCAGAAAAGAUUGUUUAUGAGAUAAACACCCAUAAUAUGGAGGAUGUUAAUCGCUUUUGCAAUGUUUACAUUGAUUUGAAUUUCCAGGUAGUUGAGGCAAAGAUGGUUUGGCUCGAUCGGUUAGGGUUUGAUGUACGGCUAAUGAGUGAGGAGAGUGAAAUGUUUGAGGCUAGGAUCCCAUUCCCCCGGGAAGUGACAGAUGAGAAAGGUGUAAAAUCAACUUUCAAUUGCAUGUCUCAGCUUGCAUGGGAGGUUGAUAAAAACUACCAAGCCCAUGACUUCAAGAAAGCUAAACAAUUGAAGAAAAUAGCAUCAUCCUCAUAGGAACAAUACAUCACUCUCAUUCAAUUCAGGCAUUCCCCUUCUUAGAUAUAUAGAGGGAGCUGUACUUUUUGUUUUGUUUUUCUUUUUGCCUUAAAGAAUGACAAUCUUUAUUUGAUGCUAGCCAUCUUUUCUCUGUUA